UAUUCAAUCUUCGAAUGGUCAUUAAUGUCCAGGAACUGAUAGAUGAAGGGAGCUGCACGUACAAAUAGGCCUAUGUGUGUGUUAAUCUGUUACCUACCCCCUCCAUUCUAUUUCCCAAGACUUUAGUAACACCAAUCCAGUAAAAAUGGACACUACGGAGAACUAUUCUCUCGGAACGAAACUACGGGCAGAUAGUUGUCUGUAUCUUUUCGCCUUCACGCUUUUGUAUUACGACCACCUCCUGACGUUUGAUGACGAAGUCAAGUUUAUGUGGUCCCGUCCGAAUCAUAUCAGCAGCCGCCUGUUCUUUCUGAACAGAUAUUUUUCAUUUGUGGGCAACAUCGUAAUAUUGCUAUCGAUGUUCUUUGCUCCUUCCGGUCAAUCUAGCUGCCAUCCUUGGGAGGAGUUCCAAGAGUUCUUUCAUGCAUUUGCGCAAAUCAUAGUUGCGACUUUACUCACAAUGAGGGUAUAUGCACUAUAUGCACGCGACAGGCGUGUCCUCAUUGUUCUCACUGGAAUAAUUUUAUUCGGAAUCGGUGCUACAGUUAUAUCACUGGUCUUCUCCGAAUCCACACCCGCGCCCUCCCUCUUCCCCAUAGGCUGCCAUGAUAUUUUAGACCUAAAAAAUGCCGCGUUGGUUUCUGUGGGGUGGGAACUUGUCUUCAUAUAUGAUACAUUGCUGUUCGGCAUGACUGUAUUCAAAGCCUACCGGGCGCGGUCGCAACCUAGGGUAAAACAACUAGAAAAGUUUUCCGUCUUCACAAUCAUUGUUCGAGAUGGAUCCAUAUAUUUUGGUAUAAUGGCAUUAGCAAAUCUCGUGAACGUCCUAACAUUCUAUCUUGCGGGAGAUACUCUUUUUAGAGGUACACUAUCCCCCUUCGCCAGUUGCAUGUCUGUUACUCUUAUGUCGCGUUUGAUGCUGCAUCUUCACAAAAUCACGAGUCAAGGCCUAUAUGCAUGGUAUGGGGACACAGUAGCACGACCAGCCGACUCAUACACACCCGAUGCCACAAUGUCCCUGAUGGAUUUUGGUCCAAAAGAAAAUCAUUACUCCCAAGAAAGUAUCGACCACUCAGGAGAUAUUUCGGUACCAGAAGAUACCACAGGCCAGAGCAAUUCUGGAAUACCGGGUCCUUCGACGACUAACUUCGAAAUCAUGGAGGUUUGAGAGGAAGACUUUUAUGCAUAUGAGUAAGUACAUACAUACGUACAUCAUAUAAUUCUCGUAAAAUUAGUAUCCGCAGUAAAAUAUACUGGAAUCGUCUCCAAUAAUCAAGCUUGUAUUUGCAUCGGCCCCGCAA